AUGUCGAAGAACCCUGACGGAGACGGGGAUCUGCCCCCCUCAUACAACGAGGCAACGACAUCAUACCACUCAUCGUCGUCACUCAACCACAACUCAUCGGUCUCAGUGACCCUCAACAACCUCUCUUUCUUGCUCCGCGAAACGCAAGCUCAGCAGACCGCCCGUGAUACCGUCACGACAACAACCCUUCUUCCGCUCCUAACGCCCCACAUCACGUCACUCUUGACACGUCUAGGAACGACUCCUCACCCACCCAUUUCAACAGAGCUCUAUCUCGUGCCCGCUGCGGCAGUCGGUCCAGAAUGGAUCAUCGCUUCAGAUGCCGACCCAAAGGCAGGCCAGGUCGCGGAGGUCAUCCGCGUGGAACCGGAGCCCGACCCCGAUUCUAAGGGAAGGGGUGACACCAAGGGUCAAAGCACGGGCGCAGCCUCCGGAGAUGCAGUUGUAGGUUCCUCCUAUGAAUUUGACGAAUGGGGCCGCUGGGACGACGACGUCAAUACAGGUGCGUCGACGUCAAGGGAAGGAGAAUGGUGGUGGAGCGAUGAAGGUCUGGCCCGGCGUCUCGCGAAACGGCUACAGCCCGAACCAAAACUCGACCGUACCGUCGUCCGUGCCGUCGUAGAAGAAGCUAAAGAGGAUAAAAAGGCCGGCCGCUGGGGGCUAUUCAGAGCUGGCACAGAUCCUUCAUCGUCACCUUCGUCGUCCUCAUCGGGCCCACCGCCUUCUCGACACUUUAUGAAGCCCACGUCUCCUUCCACAACGUUCGAGGAAAAUGUUUCAAUGACGGUGCGCGGGGAGGAAGUAACCUUUCGCCGGGAAAACGAGAUGGGAAUAUGGGAGAGCAUGCGCGGGUUUGGAAUCGUGAAAGCACUCGCUCCGGACUCCUUAGCCAUGGUCUCCCUUCACGUAGUUAACCAAUCCAACGCCCUCGUCGCAUCUCUUCCAAAGGGCUUAGUAGCAGUCUUCAUCGGCGCAACAUCAGGCAUCGGCAAAAGCACCCUCCAGCACCUUGCCCAACACGCGCGCUCCCCACACAUCUACACCGUGGCGCGCCCUCAGACCGUCGCAUCUCACGAGACCUUCCUUGCCUCACAGCGCGCAAGCACAAACCCAGAUGCCAGCUACACCCUCCUCCCCGCAGACCAUGCCCUGAUAUCCGACGUUGACGCCGCCAUGGACACCAUUCUCCAAAGGGAAACAAAAGUCGACAUUCUUUUCCUCUCCGCGGGAUUCAUCGCCUUUGAAGGACGCCAAAACACCGUAGAAGGGCUGGACCCGUCCAUGUCGACGCGGUACUACACCCGCCUCCGCGCCGUCCAAAAGCUCCUCCCCCUCCUCCUCAAGGCGGCCCGCCCGCGCGUCGUAUCGGUGCUGGCGGCGGGGCUAGAGGGUCCCAUGCCCGACGAGGAGGACCUCGACCUCCGGAAGCCCGGGAAUUGGGGUUACUGGCCUGCUUCCGUGCAGGCUACGACCAUGGGUACGCUCGCGCUUGAGGUGUUGGCGAGGGAGAACCCGGGGGGCGAGGGGGUUUGGGGUGGACGUUAG